GCUAAGUUUGACGACCAGGAUAAAAAUGCCUUGAUGACAGCCCAAACUCUCCCGACAAUUCCCUUUGCCCCAAACCUGCCGGUUUGGCCAUGGCGUCGACCCUCAAGACCGGCCCGUCGACGUCGGGGCUGCAGGUGCUGGCCAUCCCCGGCGUCGUCCUGCUCGUCUCCUUCCUGGGCUACAGCUCGCAGUGGCUCUUCAACAGCGCCGCCGACCUGGGCCCCGGCCCGCUAACCAAGACCCAGACCGUCGUCUUCAACGCCCUCCUCCUCAACCUGUGGUGGAACUACUACAAGGCCUGCACCGUCAACCCAGGCACCUACAUCCUCCCGAACCCUUUCUCCGACGAGCCUUCCUCCUCCUCCUCCGCCACCGACAGGCCCUCCCCUCCCCCCGCCGACCCGACCGAUGACGCAAAGAAGCCGGGGCAAAAGCAGACGCAGAGCAGCCGGCGCGAGCAGCGCGAGAGGCAGCUCGAGCAGCUGCAGCGCUGGUGCAAAAAGUGCGCCGCCCCGAAGCCGCCGCGCGCCCAUCACUGCCGGCACUGCCGCCGCUGCAUCCCCAAGAUGGACCACCACUGCCCCUGGACCGGCAACUGCGUCUCGAUGCAGACCUUCCCUUACUUCCUCCGCUUCCUCGCCUCCACAAACGCCGCGCUCUGGUACCUCGGCCGCCUCGCCUACCUCCGCCUCCGCGGCCUCUACGACGUCCGCAACCUGCCCGCCUACCUGGGGCCCCCGACCUGGGCCCUGGCCCACCUGACGUGCGUCUCCCUCGUCUGCGCCGGCGUCUUCCUCGCCCUGGGGAUCCUGCUCGCCACCACGGCCAAGGCCUGGGUCCUCAACCGCACCAUGAUCGAGGACUGGGAGGUCGAGCGCCACGAGGCACUGCUGGCCCGUCACGGCGUCGGCGGCCGCCGGUCGACGUGGUGGGCCACCGACGACGACGAUGACGACGAGACGGACGCGUCGGGCGGCGGCAGCGAGAGCGAAUUAGACGAGGAUGACAUCCCCGUCGCCGGCAUGCCCACACGCCGCGUCGAGUUCCCCUAUGACAUCGGCGUGUGGGGCAACAUGUGCCAGGCCAUGGGCACGCGCAACCCCCUGGCCUGGUUCUUCCCCUUCUCGGGCGGGCCCGUCGUGUCCGCCGCCGGCCGCGGCCCCGGCUGGGACUGGGAGGAGAACGGGUUCAACCGGCGCGAGGGCAUGUGGCCGCCGCCGGACCCGGAGAAGCUGCGACGCGCGCGCCAGGGCGGCUGGCCCGCGCGCCGCAACGGCAGCGAGGGGGACGCGGUCACGGCCGCGUCCUGCUCCAGCCCCGAGGACAUGAAGGCCGCCUUCAGGGCCAGGCAGGAGCGCGACCUGCUCCGGCGCCGCAAGGGGUGGAGCCAGCAGCCGUCGGGCAUCAUCGCCGAGCUGGAGGAGCACGAGGGCCUAGAGGUGCUCGACGGCGACUACCCCGGGGACCAGGGGGGCGAGGUGGGCGACGAGGACGGCGGCUACUACGAGCAGGGCAUGGAUGGCGAACCGGGCUGGACCAACGCCGAUGGCGAUCGGCUGCGGGACUUUGGCGUCGACGAGGACGCCGAGGAGGAGGACGAUGUCCCCAUUGCGGAGUUGCUCCGCAGAAGACGAGCUGCGACGCAGGAUAAAGACACAUGAUAGUUUUUGUCACCUGAUAGAAAAUGUAUACAUUCCGCUUGGAUAAAUCAAGUUCAUUCUCUCGACAUACGUCAGCCGAGCAUCUCUAUGCCAAAGAUCACACCAAAACAAC